GUUCAAGGUCCGUCAUUGUGUCAGCAGCUUUGCUCUCAUAUUUAUACGCCAGGUGCCGGCAAUCCAUUCCAGCUCCUUUGAGAACAGACACAGGGCAACAUGAAGUGCACGCUGCUGCUGGCUGCGGUGGCUCUGCUGGGCGCGGGUGUCCACGCAUUCACCUUCCGGAUGCCAGAGGAUGGAGCCGACACGUGGGUCGUGCUGGUGGCCGGCUCCAACGGCUACUACAACUACCGCCACCAGGCGGACGCGUGCCACGCGUACCAGAUCGUGCACAAGGCAGGAGUGCCCGACGAGAGGGUCAUCGUCAUGAUGUACGACGACAUCGCGGACAGCGACGAAAAUCCAACCAAGGGCAUCAUCAUCAAUAAGCCCAAGGGGCCUGAUGUUUACAGUGGAGUUCCCAAGGACUACAUUGGAGAAAACGUCACUCCCCAGGUGUUCCUGUCGGUGCUGAAAGGGGACGAGGCGGGUGUGCAGGGCAAGGGCUCUGGGAAGGUGCUCAAGAGUGGCCCCAACGACCACGUGUUCGUGUAUUUCACCGACCACGGAGCUCCGGGAAUCAUCGCCUUCCCCAGCGACGAGCUGAGUGUGGACGACCUGAACAAGACGAUCCAGUACAUGUACGACAACAAGAUGUACUCCAAGAUGGUGAUUUACAUCGAGGCGUGCGAGUCCGGAUCCAUGAUGGAGAACCUCCCCGCCAACAUCAAUGUCUACGCUACGACCGCUGCCAAUAGCGAGGAGUCGUCGUACGCCUGCUACUACGACGACGAGAGGCAGACCUACCUGGGAGACGUGUACAGCGUCAACUGGAUGGAGCACAGUGACCAGGCGGACCUGACCAGAGUGAAUCUGAACGAGCAGUACGAGGUCGUGAAGAAGAACACCAACACCAGCCACGUCAUGGAGUUCGGUGACAAGUCCAUCUCCAAGCUGAUGCUCAUCGAGUUCCAGGGACAGAAGCAGCAGCGCUCGCCGCGUGUGCUGCCCGCGGCGGGUGGCGCGUGGCCGCCUCGCGACGCCGUGGCCAGCCCCGACGUGGUGCUCGCCACGCUCUCGCGCAGGCUGCAGCAGCUGCAGCAGCAGCAGCUGCAGGCCGACGGCGACAACGCGCAGCAGACGCGACUGCUGCAAGAGAUCGACGCGCAGAUGCAGGCGAGGCGUCUGAUCCGCGAGUCGGUGGAGCUCAUCGUGGAGCUGUCGACCGCCACGGCGGAGCAGGCGAGCGCCGUCCUCAGCGGCUCCCCGCGGCCGCGUCUCACGCAGCACGCGUGCUACCGCGCCGCCACGCGCCACUUCAAGACGCGCUGCUUCAACUGGAACACGCCGCUGUACGAGCACGCCCUGCGCUACGUCUACACCUUGCUGGCAAUGUGCGAAGAGCGCAUCCCCCUCGCCAGCAUGCUGCGAGCCAUGGACAAGGUGUGCAACGCUGUGGCCUAGCGACGUCGCCCUCCGUGCCAGAGGAGCCGCAAGCGGCGGCAGCAGCAGCAGCACCACCACGUGUCCGAAGAAAAAUAAAGUGCACACCGCCCUCAUUACUACUACACUGACGAAAUGAGCGCAACGUGAUUGUUUUGUAAUUUGCAAGUGUAUUUUUUUUUAAACAUUAUCAAUAAAAAAUGAGAUUUGA